CUGCCUUGCCGAUUUUCCGCCUUUCCGAACCGAAAAUGCGUGCCAAAGUGCAUGAAAAGGAAAACCUGGUCAGUUGAGGUCUCAGUUCGGUUCGGGUUUGCAAUUCAACAGCACUGCGGCAGCGGAGAGAAUUCGUCGCCACAGCGGAGACGGGCCAAGCGAUAUAAGCCAGCGUAGUAAUAUCGACUCCACCGCCCCUCGAUAUAGUAUAUAUAUUAUAUAUCGCAUAUAUGAUAUUCGCAAGAAAACGGAAUCGGAAUAAAUGCGAAAGUGCCUGACCGCAGUGUGUGGACCGUUUCCCAGAGUGUUGUGUGUUGGGAAAUGAUUGGAAAACGCGUGGAAAUUGCAAUGUGCGAUUAAGUGUGCAUUUGUGUUUUGAAUUUUUAACGUUCCCCCCAGCAGUGUUUCCAUUUUUUGCAGUGAGUGAGUGAGCGACCCACAGCCAGCGGCAAUUGCACAUAAGUUGCAACAAGCAAAGUAACAACAACAACGACAGCAAGAAAAAAACGCAACCAAAAAGGUAGAAAAACAAACAACGCAACAUUGUAAGCGGGCUGAAAGGCGUUGCCAGAUUGUUGGCCAACAACAGCAGCAACAACAACCACAACAAUAGCCCAAAGGGCCAAAUGAACGUUGUUGGCUAGUCCGUCUGUCGCCCGCUUGGUGGCGCUAGCGAGCUGAACAACCCCAAAACAACUACAACUACAACUACUGCUACUAGUGGAAAUCCUGUCGCUAAUUAGCGGUCUCGCAUCGUGUGCACUUAUGCAGACACAAGGCGAUAGAGGAUUCCAUUGAACUGGCUGCCAAGUUAAAUUCGUUGUCGUAACAUGGGCUGCGUCUUUGAAGCGGCCAAAGAGCAGCAGCCCCACAAACCGAGAAGCAAGCAAUGCCGUGGCAAGGCGGCAGCGGGGACCAGUGGCAAGGCCGCUGUCAGAGCGAACGAGAAACCAGCUGAGGACAUCAAAAUCAAGGAUAACUAUCAACAAAACCAUAAAACGCAAACCGAAACACAAACAGAGGCAGAAGUGGAACAAGAAUCAGAGGCAGAAUCAGAAGCCCAAACACAAUCAGAGGCCGAAACUGUGCCCGAACAUCUAAAAGCGACGGCUCAAGUGCUUUUAACGAUACGGCAGGCACGUCAGGAGAACGGCAAGCACGGUAGUCAAGUGGCUGAAACGCACAAGGACGAAGGCGCGAAGGACGCGUUGGCGACGACGCCAGGAUCCAUUGUCGAUACGACGGCCAGAAUCGGAAUCGAUAUUGCGGCAACAACGAUUCAAAUCGCCGAGCGGGAUGAGGACGAGCAGCAUCGGCAGCAUCACACUGUCCGCCGGCGGAGGCGCCAGGACCCAGCGAAUCCUGCCAGCGUCUCGAAGUCACCAGCUGCCAUUGCUGGCACCUCAGCACUAUCCCUGCAUUUCCAAGCCCUCGCCGCCCUAGCGAAAACUCUGCAGAAGCAGGACGAGGACGACGACGACGACGAGGUGGGGUGUCCUGGCCAGGAUCGCCAGCCAAUAGCCUACCGGCCGUGGCAGGGACAUCCGUAUGCCGAGAGUCAGCUGCCCGCCACCAUGUCAGCGGCCAUCAUAGCGAAUGUCAGCGCCACGGCGGCGGCCACCUCGGCGGCAGCCUUCCAGUAUCUCGGCCAGCACUACAAGCACUACAGCCAGUCGAUCAGCUUCUACGCCGCCUCCAGCGUCAUCCUGAUGCUCUGCUAUCUGACCACCGCGUCCACGGCGGCCACGCAAUCGGAGACGGGUGCCCUCGACAAGCAUCCCAUUCAUGGCAUCGAUUGGUCGAAAUUCGAUGAGUCCAGUUCGGACAAGGAGAUAUUAGAUUUACUGCUUGAGAAGAAGCGCUACGAUAAACGAUUACUGCCGCCUGUAAAUGAUGAAGACUUUUGCUGUGGUCUGCAAUCGCCCGAUAUGGCAACUAAUCAAAAUGCACGGAGACCACACAAUCGCGGCACUCUGACGGUGAACGUGAACGUGCUGCUCCUGAGCUUAGCAUCGCCCGACGAAAGCAGUUUGAAAUACGAGGUGGAAUUUCUGCUUAACCAGCAAUGGAACGAUCCGCGACUGCAAUAUGGCAAUAAGUCUCAUUACGACUUCUUAAAUGCUCUGCAUCAUCAUGACAGCAUCUGGACGCCGGAUACGUAUUUCAUUAUGCAUGGCGAUUUCAAGGAUCCCAUCAUACCAAUGCAUUUCGCUUUAAGAAUAUUUCGGAACGGGACCAUUACGUACGCAAUGAGACGUCAUCUGAUCUUAUCCUGCCAGGGAAGUCUUCAUAUAUUUCCAUUCGAUGAUCCAAAGUGCUCCUUCUCCAUGGAAAGCAUUUCCUACGAGGAGGCCCAAAUCAAAUACGUCUGGAAAAACGAUGAGGACACUCUGCGGAAAAGUCCCUCGCUGACCACAUUAAACGCGUACUUGAUCAAGAAUCAAACAACGGCCUGCGAUCAAAACAGCUGGAGAGGGAACUACAGCUGUCUUAGGGUCGAUUUAAUCUUUACCAGAGAUCGUGCAUUCUAUUUCACCACCGUUUUUAUACCCGGCAUUAUAUUGGUGACGUCGUCCUUUAUAACCUUCUGGCUAGAAUGGAAUGCAGUGCCAGCUAGAUCGAUGAUAGGCGUGACAACCAUGCUGAAUUUCUUCACUACCUCGAACGGUUUCCGGAGCACUCUGCCGGUUGUUUCUAAUCUGACGGCGAUGAACGUGUGGGACGGCGUCUGCAUGUGCUUCAUCUACGCCUCCCUGCUGGAAUUCGUCUGCGUCAAUUAUGUGGGGCGAAAGCGGCCCCUGCACAACGUCGUCUACCGGCCCGGCGAGAAUCCCGUAACACAGCGUCUUCCAGCAGUACUAAGCAGGAUCGGAGUAAUUCUUGCAAGUCCUUUGGCAAGCGCCGCUGCCACGCCGGCCAUGUCGAUGAUGGGCGGUGCCACGCCCAUGUCCGCUGGCACCCCGGCCGCCUCCUCCUCGGUGGCCACGCCCGGAACCCCCAGGACCACCGAUCCGGAGGAGUUCUUCGGCGGCGGCAUGCGCUGGCAGGAGGCCCAUGGCGGUAUCAUUGGAGCUGCUGUUCAGAACCUCCGGGCACGCUCCAUAAAACGGAAGGCGGCCAGAAGUCCAUCCACAUCCAUAUCGCCCCAUCCCAGUGGCAGACCCACUGAGCAUAUAUACGAGGAGCCAGGCGGAACGACUUCCGGUGUUUCGAGUACCAAGGUGAAGUUCAAGGACGAGCUGAGGGAGGAGGAGGAGCAGCCCGAGUCCACCGCCACCCUGCGACGAUCGGUGGCCACCAGCACACCGGCCUUGGUGGUGAGGAUCGAGGCCGAGACCGAGACCGAGACCGAACUGGAGGCAGAACCGAAGCCGGUCCAGGAUGUGGAGGCCACAGAACGUCAGUUGCGCCUGCCGCAGAAGCCUCCACGCCGCAAGGCCUCGCGCUCCAAUUCCCCAGCCUCCGUUUAUGACGAUGCGUUCGAAAAUGUGGAUACUACAGGCGAGAAGCGACGAGAGGCCGGGGCCCCGAACGAAAUCGUGGCAUGCACCACCUGCGGCGGCAGCAACAGUCCGUGCACCCAUUCAGCGAACAAUGGCUGUGCCACGGAGACCUGCUUCGUCCAAGUGCGUAAAAAAGAGCCACCCCAUCCGAUUCGAGUGGCCAAGACGAUCGAUGUCAUCGCUAGAAUUACAUUUCCAACUGCUUAUGCCAUUUUUCUGAUAUUCUUCUUUGUACACUAUAAAGGAUUUUCGUAAAAUUAAGCAUAAAACACUAAAAGUAAUGCAUAACAUACAUAUAUAGAUACUUGAACACGCUAAAUUGCCGGAGCAAUGCCAGAAAAGCAGACUCGAGUGCCGAGAGAAUGCAUUAUUCGUAAAGUAAUUUGUAGAGCAACAUGCAAACUGACAUGAAAACUCAUUUGCUAAGUUCUAGGGCCUUGCAAAGUCAUCUAAUUUUAAUGUAACAAAGGGAAACACAAAGUACAUCUAAUUACUCAUUAACGAUUAUUUAAAUGGCAACAACAUGACAAAACCAGUGAUAAAAACGUCAAAAUGAAAAAUUAGUUUAAACUGAGUUGUUAACGGGGAAAAACAAAAUGAAUAAGUUGUUAAUAAUUAAUAUUUACGAAAGUUAAAUUUAUGCAAGUGAGCAAACAUACGAAAGAAACAUUUUCGACUGCCUUUUUUAAAAAUAGUAGAAACAAACCAAAAAAAAAGAACGAACCUUAAAUUAAAUUUGCAAAUUUUUGCAUAUGCUCGAAAAUGCAUUAGUUAAUUAUACCAACCAAAGAAACACUGUCUAGCAAUUGUAAUAUAUAAUAUUUAAACAAUUUAUUAAGCAAAGAAAUGUAUGCUGAAAGUACCAAAAACACGAUCCAAGAAGAUAAAAAGACCUAGCCUAUAAUUAUGAAAUAUGAAACGCAAACCAAACAGCUUUAAGGCUUUACCUAUUUGAGUAGUCGAAAGAUGCAAACCUGUUUAUACACAUAUACAUAGAUGUUAUAUAUUUACAAACAGCUCUAGUCAAAUAUUAUGAAAUUAAAGCCCAGUUUUGUUCCAUUCAAUUCAAUGAGUUGAAGUGCCUCCGCAUAUGUCAAAGAGUAAACAAACAGAACACACAAAUUGUUAUCAUCACACUGAUUUUUACGUUAUAAUGUACUGUAUAUAAUAUUUAUUUAAAUGUUUAGUUAAACUCCGUUUAUUUUUUCAAUAAAUGUUCGAUUAAUAAAGCAGAAUUUGAUUUUAUCGCAUCACAUAACACAUAAAUUCAUAGAAAUGGAACCGCCGCAAAGUAGACCACAGUAAAAGCUUUCCUAAACUAAAAUUCAGGUGAAAUUAAAACACGCAAAAUAAUUUGGUUUUAUAAGAAUGUACUAAGCAAAAAUAGUUCACUCACGAAAUUUCCCACACCUUCAGAGAUUCAUUUUAUUCAGUCCAUGAACGCCUUUUUAAGUAGCAGCAGGAAUUGCCUAACAACUUUUAUUAAAAUACAUAUCAAGCUCAUAGAAGAAACAUAAACGAAAGCUAACUAAAAUAUUUACAAAAUAUAUGACAAGAAACUUUAUAAAACUCUCAUAAGUAGCUAUGAAACAUAUGCCAACCCAACUAUAAACUCACAAAACUAACACCCAAGUAUUUUAGAUAAAAUGUAUGUCGACGAACGCCUGCAAAUGUUUGUAGGACAAAUAAAAUAUAAAAAGAAACCCAAUGAAGCACGACCUAAUUCAAACAAACUUAAACCUAAACCAAAUUUAAACCUUGUGAUAAAGAACACAAAAAAGAAACCUAAAUCUAAACGAACCUUUGCAUACGAAAUUUUAUUGAAAUUAAUUGAGAGCAGGUUAUUGAGGGCCACAGUUACCAAUUGUUUAAACAAUAUUACCUUUAUAGAACACAAUACGCGUAUACACAAAAUGCUUUUUGCAAAUAAAUAAAUUUAUGAAUUUAGAGAUUUGUAGAUUUUUGGGAAAUUUUCUUUUCGCCAUUUUUGCAAGCUCGUCGCAAUUAUUUCUCGUUGAACAAAAAAUAUAUAUAACUAAAAUACCACAAAAAAGAAAAAAAACACAAAGACAAGGACAAUCUUUUUGCAAUUUACAAAAACGAAAAAGUUAAUUAGAUGAAAGGAAGUGCUAAGUCAACUUUCAAACAAGCAAUGCCGAAUAAUUUUGAAUCCUUUUGUAAAAUUAGCUGCUUAUAUAGAACACGAAAUACACAAAAACUGAACUCCAAAUUCAUCGCGUCCAAGGAUAAAUAUUUUUGUUGCGGAAAAAUAGUCAAGGGUACGAAAUGUGAGUGGAAUUUGCUGAAUAUGUGGCCAAUAUAAGGAAUGUACAAAUAAAAUACGGUAAAGAUGGACCCUUAGAAACUAUAUUCGAUUCGUUUUUUGAACAGCUUAACCACGUAACUCUGUUAAAUGUUAGUUAGCAAUCUAUUUGGGUGAAGGUGCCUUCUUUAAGAGAAUUAAAAACUAAUUGAUUGCUUAGAUGGUUUCAAGCGAAACACAGUUUGAGUUGUUAUGGAUGGGAAACCGACCUAUGUGCCCCAUAACGAUUUCAGUUUGGGAUUGUUUUUAACUCCUCACAAGCUACACUGCUGAUAAAACAAAGUAGAAGCUAAACCAAAGACCAGUAACAUUAUGAAAAUGUAUUUAAAUGAAAUAGAUCUAAAAAAAAGCCAUAAAAGUUCACACUUAAAAAAGCAUUAAUGAAUUUAGCAAAACGAGGAUUAAUAAAGAAAACACACAAUGUUCAAAUGCAUUAAAAAAAAUCUGUAGAUGUACUCAUGAAUAAUGUGUGCAAAGUGCAAAUUGCAAACACAUUCUAAAUUCUGAAUACCCAAAGCUUUAUAAUUUAUAAAUGCUAUGAACGAAAUGUAAAUAUUAAUAAUUCAAGACAGUUAGUAGUUAAAUCAUUUUAUCGAUAACUUUAAAAUAAUUUCUUUACAAGUAAUAUUUGCUAAAUCUAUAAAAGUCAAACUGAACUGUUUGCUAGAGAUUUGUUAAAAAAUAUAUGAAAAAGUUAAAAAAAGAAGAACAUGUUGAGCCAUUGGGGCAAUUUCUGUUGUCCAAUUUAUUUCACAUACGAGUAGAUUUCUUAAAGAUCAAUUGCAAAAACAAAAACUCCACAAUGCUACGAAACGUAAUAAUUAUAAUAUGAACUUUUUUAUAAUGCACAACCUUGAGCAUAAUAAAAACCAAUUUAUUAACAUUGCAUUCCCAAACGAACAUCAUGUAAAUACACCAAGUACAUAAACCAAGUCAAAACUUAGUUAUAAACGAGAAAAUAUUUGAAAAAAAACGAUAAAUUGGAAAACAACAAACGAAAAACCAGAAAACUAAUAAACAAAGCAGCUUCGCAUUAAUAAAGAUCGUCUCAAUCAGAAAACAAAUAACAAUUAUUAAA